AUGGAUCAUCUAACUAUUCUUGCAGACAAGAACACCAAAAAAACUGAAAAAAAGAAGGCCUUGGAAGACUUGUCUGAUUUGUUGGGAGUAACCAAAAAGAUAGAACUAUUGUCCAACAUACUUUUUAGAACGUUAUCACCAGAAGAGUGUACAUCCCAAUUCUGUAACAGCCCUUCAGAGAUGGCUUGUAGUGCAUCCUAUUGCCAGCCUCUUUUUGAAUUUUGUGCACUUUUUGAUAAUUGUUACAGAAACAUGAAGGUCAGUAUUGGAGAGUACACAAUGCUACCCGAAUCUCUGAAGUUUAUGAGAAAUAUUAUUGGAACUCUAAAACCAGAUGAUGUGGCCUUUCAUAAACCUGGAAAACGUUAUUACAUUUCUAUGUUACGAGAAGACAAAGUAACACCUUGUAAACAUCAUUUAGAACACCCAGAUUUACCCAAAUUGGCUUUGAUGUGCCGAAUUUCUCACUCCUUUUGUAUGCGUGAAUUGCUUAGCGAUAUUCAAGAACCGUGGUAUAAAGAUAUUGCCACCAUUGGAAUAACCACCGACAAAGAAAAAGCAAAUGUGUAUGCAGUAUCAACAGAUAUUGCAACGACUAGGAGACGAAACUGUAAGCUUGAUUAUUCAAUAAGAUAUUUAGGUACAUUUUACCACAACCAAAUCACACACAGGAUUCAAUUAAUUGCUCUCAUUUUGACAGCCAUGAAGAAUCUUCAUCAUCAAGAAAUGGCUGCAUAUUUGAGAACCAAAAGUGUCACUUCUAACAGUACAAUAGGGUCUGCUGAGAAAUCUUUUAAGAAGAACCUCGAAGUUCGUAUUGGACGUAAUUGCUAUAAUAUUAGUAUAGGCAAAACAAUUUCAGAUAAUAAGAACAAACUUGUUAUAAAAUGGGUAACUUAA